CUUUGAAGCGCCUGACGUCUCGGUACCGUUAGCAAGAUGAAGAUAUCCAGUACAUUUCUUGUGUUGUUGGCGGCCGCGGUUUGCAGGAUAGCUGCGAGAGAAGUGCUCCAUACCGCCAGCGUCAAUUCUGAUGGGGGUGACCGUAUCUUGACCCCCCAAAACAAUCGCGGUGGCUGGGUCAAUCCUGAAGACUUGACUCCUAUGCCACAGUGCAUCGCUCAGCAGGAUCAAUCCACCUGGCUGAGCACCAUGACGAAAUGUACCGGCAAACGAUGCACCUCACACUUUGGAGUCAUCUGCACCCACCACCAAUGGCUCACUCAGCUCAGCUGUCUCAGCACUGGAUUUUCCCCCGAUGUUAUCAAAGGUUAUCUCCCGUACUGCAGUAGAUCAGUACUCGCCAAAGCGCAGUUGUAUCGGUGGGUUCGUAGCAUUACCGGUCGAACGUGGCUUGUUGAUGUCGGCGACGCGAACGAGCUGCAAAAUCUGUCCCCCGCCUCCCUGGCCGAAGGGUAUGCGGCCGCCAACGUGAUUUACAAGGCACCAACAUGCUUAACGGGCUCAGUUUCUGCUCUAUUAAUGGAGCCAUUUCAACACGUAAUGGCCUCCUGUAGCUUCACAAGCACCACCCGGCAUACCGGAAAUGCCGCUCGUCCUUGGGAAUAUAGUGGAUCCCUACGGUCCAUGGUCUCUCUGGAUUUCGAAACUGUCGGUUACGAUCUCACCGGGCACAGCGUCGGAUAUGGCGACUAUUUUGAUAAAGAAUGUUUCUGCGGCGCCUUCACCAUAGAUCCGAAAAGGGAACCCUGUUCAGGGCCAGGGCAAAUAGACUGGACAAAGGAGCGACUAUGGAUAAAUGCCACUUGUGGGUCGACGUCCCUACCCGACAACUGGACAGACCUACUCAAAACCACAGAAUUCGCGUAUAUCCCCAUCGAAGACUGGCACUGGCCCACGUGUGUCACAGAUAUGCCGAAGCAGGUAACCGGACUUACUGAUAAAUGUGCAACCGAUGCGUGUGAGAUCGACUCUAGUGGCUACUGCAAAGUCAAGCGCGCAGUAGAUAGAGCUUGCUUCUGUCACAACAUUAGCUACGAUUCCUGCGGAGGUUCAUGCCAUAUUUUCGAGACCCGAAUAGACUAUGUAAAAUGGCUCCACGGUCUUUGUGGCAGUGUGCAGGACUGGCACGGUCUGCCAGAUAAUUGGCGCCAACUAGCCGCCCUUACCCCCCGCGACAUGAUUCCAUGGCGAUGGACUAUCAAACCAUCCAACAAGUCAGACACCGCCCCCAUCACCCGUCUGGGACCUAUCGAGGCAACGGAGAAAUGUGCCUCGAAUGAGUGGAAGCUCGGAAGCUUUGCUCUGGUAAACAUAGCUCCUUUUCUUGCCGCAUUUCUCAGUCGAAGAACAGGAAUCUAUCGCAUCGCACGCGGCUUUCUAUGGCACUCGCAUCCGGAGGGUUGGAUUUCCACGGGGAUUUUAAUCGCUGCUCUUCAACUGCUCGCAAACUGGUUCAAUGCGUUUCUUGUCCAAAAUACCCCUGGUUAUGAGGACGUUCCCGUCAUUCAAUUGAUGUUCCUCUGGUGCUCAAUGCCUCGGCCUGCUUGGCUACUAGUUUUGUUGAUUGGUUUACAACCCUUCGAAGCGAUGAAUUUCUCCGCAGCCACCUCUUUUUUGUUUGCGGAAAUGAUCCUCCAGUUUUUAUCAUCAUAUUACAUGAUUCUGACCGUUGAUUAUGGUCGAGAACACAACUUCUACCUUGGAGAUAUGGAAAGCUUGGAAAGAGGGGGAUCGGCAAAAAAUAUGUAUACUGGGGCACUCAUGUGGCUUAUUAUUAUCAGCGUGGCGUUCCUUCUGUCGAUGCAGACUAUACGUAUGAAGGAUAGGCUGACUGGAUCUGGUAACCUCGAUUUACCAAAGUGGCAGAGAAGCAAGCAGACAACAUCGAACGUUGCGGAGUGGCCAACAGCCCAGUCGAACGAACAUCGCACACGGGCAGGAUAUGAGUUGCCACAUGGGAAAGGCAAGAGUAGGGCCUCAGCAGAAACAUCGUUGAUGAGGAGCGAGGGAGGAAAUUACACAGUGUAUGGCACUCUUCCUGUUCAAAAUCAAAGUGACUCGGUUUCUCAAAAAGCAUUUGCGAAACUACAUGCGGUCACGGCCCUAAGCAUGCUCCUUCUUUGGAUUGCGCAAUGGCUCUUUUGGGAUGGAUUCAUUGGUCUUAGUUCCGAAGAUUUCUGUCCCCCUAAUCUUGGGAUCAUCACGGCUGUCUGGAUUGCCUUCUUAUUGGUAGGCGCUACUAUUGGAGCCUAGACUGGGAGGAGUAAAUAGGAGUACGAUAUAAUGAAUUUCAGGCUGUGAAUUAAGACGUCGAAUUGGGCAAAAGCGGAGUUAAGGAGGAAGGCCUGAUUUCUUUACAUCGCUUGGUCAAGGUGUUCCUUUUAAACUUGUCUGAAAGUGAAAAGGGGGUGUACAAGGAGUGAUUAGGGGGUGUACCGUUAUCCCUCCCCAAUGUUUAAGCAGUUUUUAUAGCUAAAAUAUGCAUUGUGGAGAGAAGUCAGGGG